AUGUCGUCUUCACAACAGAAAUCAUCAAUUGCGGCCGAAUCGUGCCCGGCACCCUCCAUUGCGACCAGCGAAGCUGCCUCGAAGCCCAAGGAAAAGUCCAAGCGCGACGAGUGCAUGCUCUUCUCCAACGCCGCGAACCCGUCCGUCGACUGCAAAUCCACCAUCGACCAAUACCGCACCUGCAUGGCUGGCUUUGGCUUUAAGGUAUAA